AUGGCGACUUCAAACGACCAGACCACUCAUCUAGACAUCGCGUCGCCCUCAGACAUCAAGACAACCGAUGCGCACACAGAGACACACGAUGGCGAGGUCAAGAUACAGGAGAACACAUUGGACUUUGAUCCUUCGCCCGUCGUGUCGAAAGUAUCUGCGCCUGAGAUCGAGAAGUCAAAAGAUACCCAAGGCCAAGUCGCUAUCGAAGACUCGACAGGUGUCAAGACGGCUACUCUUGGUUCUCCCUUUCCCUCGCCCAAAAUUGUUGCAGAGGACAGCAAGAGCAUCGCCUCUCUUGAAGACGGGGAGAUCGUAGAGCAAGACCUCGAUAACGAAGUUGGAGCAAUCCCUGUGACUGUGCAGGAGCAACAAGAGCAGCUUGAUGAUAAGGAUAAGACCAAGCUUGCAUCUCCAAUCGCCAAGAAGGAAGGUCCUCUGGCAUCGCCCCCUGGACUGCAUGUCGAGGCCACCAAGACCGACAUUGACAUCGGAACCGAGGACAGCGACUUCAAGACCGACAUAGACGUAAACAUCGAGGCGCCGAGGCCUUCGAGGCCAGCUCACAGUCUACCCCCACACAUGCGUCCUGACUUCCAGUCGCCUCCAUCCCGCCUUUUCGGCCUUCCAGACCCGAGGCACAUGAUGUCGCCAAACGAGGUCAAUAGAUUCAACGAUGCCCCACGCGCCCCUCGCUCCCACUUCAACUCUCACGGAUCCCGAGGAGGCGACCACGGCGAUCGCGAACAAGUCGUCCGCAUGAACGCACAGCUCAUGAAGCUGAAGAACGAACUUGAUGCCGAGCGCAACAAAGGUGUGCGUCUCCGCAAGUCCAUCGAAGCUGAGCAGCAACAAAAGGUCGAAGCCGCCUCAUCCGUCAUGUUGACGAACCUCCUCCGCGACCAAGCCACAACCCUGACGCUCAAGUCCAAAGUCGAAGCCCGAGAGCGCGACCUCGACGACCGCGAGCAGAAGAUCACACAAUUCGAAGUGUAUCUCACCGAAGGCCAGAAGCAGCUCAUGUACGCGCUAGAAGAAAACGGCGAUAGACCGAUGAGCGCCGUGCAGAUGGAACAUGCGCGCCGCGAAGCCGACCUCAGCGCACAGAAGGCCGUAGCUGACAUGAACGGCAAACUCAACAUCAAGAUCGAAGCCCUCCGUCUCCGCGAAGCAGCCCAACAGAUGCGCGAACAGAACUGGAAGGCUAUUGCCCGCGAGCAACUUGAAGCUGAAUUCGCCGACAACUCCAUCACCCAUGAGAAGGCUGAUGAGGUUGCGGAGGAGGCGUAUAACGAUGGGUUUGGUGCGGGUAAAGAGGCGGGCCGCAAAGAAGCACUCAAGGAGUCGCACCAGCGCGGUUUCCUAGAGGGAUACGGGGCGUGUCAUCGUACGCAGGUUACGCUAAGUAAGGUCCGUCAGGGCCUUAUCGCGAGGGAUGAUCCUGAGUUGGACUUUUUGUAUGAUGCCAAUCAUCCUCACAACCUCUACACCAUUGGUUCUCUUCUCGGCCGCAUGGAAACUGAGGACAGCAAUCAGAAGAAUGCGAAGGCUGUUGAUCGGAAGGAGAUCGUUGCUGAAAAAGGCACUCCAGUACCUGAUAGGAAGAUCGAAGUUGCUGAAGAGACUCCGAGGACGCAUGGCAAGGUCAACGGCCCCAACAGCGGUCAUUCCAACGGUCAUUCCAACGGUCAUGCCAACGGCAACACCAACAGCGCCAUAAUCCACAAGCGCGAAGAACCAGUCAUCAAAAUGCCUCCGCCCCGCCCGACCUUCGCCGCUGAACUCCGCGGCCCUUCGCUCACGCACAACGGACACAUCGUCCUCGCCAACAACGUCGCGUCGCCUGUUGCCAAGGACACUGGUCGUCCGAUCAUCAAGUAUGAAGAUGAGGGUGUGAACUUGAUUGAUCUCAUGUAA